AUGAUGAUGGAAUACAUUAAUGAUAAAUUCGCAUUGAAAAGUCAAGCGAUUAAGGGCAGCGACUAUUACAUGGGCUCUGGCAGCGGGCUGGACCAAGUUAUGGAGAGUUUGGACAGUGUACAGUACUACAGCAAAACCUCGCCCAAGUGUGUGCAUGCUUUCGGGCUACAGACCACCGAGCACCACACCCGAAUGGAGCGGUCCUCGCCGUGUGGAGACCAAAACGGUUAGUUACUUGCCCCUUUUCACUGUCCAUGUGUAAAGCGUUGCCAAAAAUAUUUUUCAACUGCCGCUGAAAUGUGUUUGCUAGAUGUGUUGUUGAUGAGACUUGUAAGGCUAUACCUGCAGGCUGUAAGUAAAAGCGUUACCCAAGUUUUAUUGAAACAAAUAUGUAUUAGGUUAUUUUACGCAUGUUAUUUUAGCAUUCAAAUAGUAUUGUGCCUGUGAAACGAAGAUGGUAGGCUGCAUAAUUUCAUCAUUAUGUGCCAUAUCUCAAACAAGUGAUUUUUUUUAGGUGUUAUGUAAUUCUUAUUGCUCUGUCCAAAAAAAAACUUUUAAAUGUAAGAAAGCUAUUGGAUUGAGCCAUUUAGGUUUUUUUUAUAUUGCCAAAUUGGGAAUACAUUGAAAGAGCAAUGGGCAGAUGUGAUCAUAUUUAAAAUGUCAUACAAUUAUAAAUAUCCUAGAAAGUGUGGUUUUGUAAAUAUGUGUUUCUGGCUUUGUCAAUAAUAAUAUUAAUAUCAACCAUCAUCAAAACUGAAAUGCAACCGUGCAAAUCUGUUUACAUUAACUGCAUAUAGGUUAGAGAACAAAUGGGCUUAUACAUCUCUUACAUUAAAUAUAUUUGUCAAUAUUCUUUAUAGGCCUAUCACUUGCAUGUUGUGCAAAGAUUACCUUUUAAUGUAGCAUCUGCCAGCCAGCAUAUAUGCCUGUAUUGUUGCAUUAUCGGCGUUAUUCUGCUAAAACUGUUGAGCUAACGUGUUAUUUUAAUUAUGCCUGUAGCUCAGCUGGUAGAGCACGGCGCUUGUAACGCCAAGGUAGUGGGUUCGAUCCCCGGGACCACCCAUACACAAAAAAUGUAUGCACGCACGACUGUAAGUCGCUUUGGAUAAAAGCGUCUGCUAAAUGGCAUAUUAUUAUUAUUAUUAUAAAUGAAAAUAAAACAUUGUUAAAGUAGCCCUAUUAUCUAAAUAACCCUAUUUUUAGCUAUAUUUUUUAUUUAUACUAAUACAAUAUAGAAACAUUGAUGUAUAAUAUUAAUAAUAAUACUUUUCUAUUUCUUUCCUAUAGCGAAUUAUGGUGUCCCCAAAACUGAAGAAGAUACCUUGCACGUGGACCUCGGGAGGUCGAUAGAGAACUGUUGCAAUCUGAGGGCCUCGCGGUUAACGGCAGGUCAGGAGAAAACGGAUUUGGACGAAAUCAGUGACAAGUGUGACAGUAACGUAUCGAGCAGUAAGAAGCGGCGGCAUAGGACGACGUUCACGAGCGCACAGCUGGAGGAGUUGGAGAAGGUGUUUCAGAAAACUCAUUACCCAGACGUUUAUGUGAGAGAACAGCUGGCGAUGAGAACGGAGCUAACUGAGGCCAGAGUGCAGGUAGGUCUGAUUUACUCUCACUUUCAUUCAGUUAUUCUCUAGGCCAGGGGUUCCCAAACUUUUCCACAGCAUUGGGGAACAUCCCGCGCCCGCCCCUUCGCACGCGCCACGUCUUUUUCUAUGGGCACAAGCACUGUUCAUGACACACUGUUCACAUCCCUCUUGUUGGUGGAGAGAAUUUAGCAGCUUUAAAGCUUAUUUCCUGCAAUUCUACAAGUUUUGUCAUGGGGUGCAAAUAGUAUGUUGCAGUUUUAAAGCUAAUUUUAUUGCAAUUAUAUACAUUUUGCCAUGUCUAAUGUGCAUUCAUGUGAUAUUUGAGUGACUAAAACAUUUCAACAAUAUCUAUAGGCAAAAUAAACUAAAUACAAAAACGUUAGCUGACAAGAGGAACUGAUGAUGCACUACCCAAUUUCGAAAUUGCACCACCUGCAUUCUACUAUUACAACUUUCAAGAGGAAAUUUAAAGCCGGACUGAGUUCCUUUAAAAAAAAAACAACAACAACAUGAUAUUACUGUGAAUCACAAAUGUAAGCACGUUAUUUAAAAUUAAUUGUAUCUCUGAGUGCUUAGGUAAGGCCUAUUAGGCCUAUGUGCCAUCAAAUAUUGGCUAAAGACAACGUCAUGCUGAAAAAGAAGGGUAGCCUUCACUACAUAUUGGCCAAGUAGCCUAGGCUAUAGCCUAAGCCUAUAGCUCAGUUAUUCUUAGGAUAAGAUUGAUUAUAUUUCUCUCUAUUUCUCCCUCUAGGUGUGGUUUCAAAACAGAAGAGCCAAGUGGAGGAAAAGAGAACGUUAUGGGCAGAUUCAACAGGCAAAAAGUCAUUUUGCAGCGACAUAUGACAUAUCAGUGUUGCCAAGGACGGAUAGCUACUCACAGGCAAGUUUGGCUUUUACCAGAGACACAAUUUAAUUACCACUAUUGAAUCCUUUUUGGUAGACUAGUCAUCAUAUGGAAUUAAUCAUUUGAUUUUGGUGUAAUACUUGGUAAUUGUUAACAAUAAUUAGAGCCUAUCAUGCGUAUUUAGCCACACUAACUUUUUGUUUGUAUUUUCAAGAGUAGCCUAGGUAGGCUAGUAGCCUACACAUUCACUAUAUUAAAUCAAAUGAUAGUGCUCUUGCCUGCCACCGCACCUUGAUAGAUUGAGCAUCUUUGACAUAGGCCUAUAUUAAUAAGAUGUAUAAGGCUAUGCACCAUAUUUCAGAUAAGACUUUGAUCGUUGAUUAGAAUGUAUCUCGGCAAACCAUUGAAAUUAAUGGCAUCUUAGAUUUCUCUGAAAAUGAUUUAUCCAGUCGAUGGGACGAGGCUAGUUUAGGCCUAUGGGCUUUUAAAAGGGCAAUCCCUGACUGCUACAUUAUUUUUUGGUAUUUCAUAUUGUGAUCUAUAUACCCAUUGAUUCUGAAAUAAUAUAAUUUGUUAAUUCCUCAUGAGCUUAGUUCAAUUGUCUUACCUUAUUAGAACCCAAAAUAUAAGCUUGUUUUACUCCUUUGUUUGUAAAUUUUGUAAUUGUAAACAAAUACUGUAUAGCCUCAAAACAUGCUUAAGGGCAGUACUUGCAUCCAUAUAGCUCUGUCCAUGAAUUUGAGAGUGGUUCAAUUUCUCCAGGCCCAUCUCUCAGCUAUUUACCAAAUCAGUGGCGGGGUGGCGGCUUACUUAUUGUUUGAACUGCAGAUUGCCCCUUUAAAGCGAACAUAAAACAUAAAGCCAUAAGGGGCUGCCAGAACGCAUCCCUUUAAAACAUAAGUUAUGAAGCAAACCUACCCUUUUAAAUGAUGAUACAUUUCUGUAUCUCUGACCCUUCUAAAUCCUUUGGUGGGGUGUGGUCACUGUAGAACCCGUUUGGUGCUUUUAUAACACAUGUAGGAUAGGCUAUAGCCUACACUUACAGACUAACAUCUAACAACAUCGAGGCUAUAUUGUUGAAGAGGAUAAGCGUUUGAAGAUGUAGGUCUAAAGCCGUGCAUGGCCUCAGGCUCUAAAUGCCCUGGCCUAAAUCCAGGCCCGAAUUCUGUGCCACAUAUUCUGUUCCUUCUGAUAUGUUUCCUGUAUAAACACUUGAAUAAAUCUCCUCUAAUAUAGUUUAUCCAGAUUACUUACUAUAGAGGGUACUGACCAUAGAGAUCCUAAUAAAUUACUAGAGGGGCUAUGUAAUGAACCCUAAACGUUCCAGAAUGGGAGUAUAAUGGCAGCCAUAUUGGUCAGGGAGAAAUCCAAACCCAUCUAAUUGGAAUGAAUGGCAGUAGAGGCAUAAUCCUACAGUAAUUUUACUUAAGCAUUAAAACAAAAGUAGGCUAAGGCAUGUGAUAGGCUAAAUCAGAAAUUGUGUAAUAUGAUUACUGUCAACCUAAAAUAUUGUCAUAUAAUUAUAAAUACAGUUUACACAGGUUUUAUAGCCUACCAAUUUUAUGUAGGGUAUAAAUAGCUUCUAAAAUAUAUUUAAACAGACUAAAUGUCUAAAUUUAGGUUUUCUUGGAAAGCUGUGAGUGCUAUUAUAUGCAUUUACAACUUGUCUAAGUCCUAUAAUCAACUGAUUUCAACCAGUGUAUGGCUGUGGAUUGACUGCAUUAUUUGAAUGGAACGUUGGCAUAUUGGCAGUUAAUUUGAAAAAUGUAUGGAAUUAUUCCUCUAAAACUGGCUGCCUAGCUAGCUAACAAACAUACAGCACAGAUCAAUUCUUCAAAUUCAUUAUUUUACACUAUCUUAUCACAGCACUGGCAAACCAUGAUUGACCAACUCCCUGACCAAAAUGGCUGGGCCCGGUUGCAUAUAACACCUUAAGUAAAUUUCUCCUUAUCUUUUCCCAUAAAGUAGCCUUAACUUUAAGUCAGUUGCACAAAACAUUUUAAGGUAAAUUUCCCCCUUAAAUUAAGUGAAAAUGUUAAGGGUGCCCACGAGGUCCCUUAACUGCUUCAUUCAGUAUGGAUGUUAAUGUAAACACCAUUUGUGGAGGUGAAUGUUGCUUUCAUCUGCUCUGGGGAUGUAGCUCAGUUGGUAGAGCAUGGCGUUUGCAACGCCAGGGUUGUGGGUUCGAUAAAAUAAUGUAUGUGCUAACUGUAAGUCGCUCUGGAUAAGAGCAUCUGCUAAAUGACUAAAAUGUAAAUGUAAAUGUUACAAAAGGAAAACAUCAACCAGCUAGCUACUUAGCCAAACAAUGGAAGGUACACAAUCUAUGUCUACAAAGCUAGCUGGCUAGUUAGCUAUAGCUACUCUGUAAGCUAGCUUGAUGUACUAGAAAGUAAUAUAAACAAGUUGAGAAAAAACUAACUACAAGAAACAUGUUUUAUUGUCUUCUGAAGCAAUUUUGUUAUCCUGUCUUGAUUGUAGAAGUUAUAUUUUGUUAUAUCACACUGAAAGCGAUCUCUUUGACUAGAUUAGUCAGUGAAUCAGGCCAUCUCCAUGGUAACCAGAUACUCUUUCUGCCAUACAUACAUGCCUUUAAACUACCAUAAAAACCCUCAAAUAUGCCCUUAGCUAAAUAAAUAUUUGAGGGGCUCUAUGCAACACCCUUAAACAAUUCCCUUAGGUAAGGGGAAAUUAUUCCUUCAGGCAAACCCUUAAGGGAAACACUUCAGAUAUUUAAUGCAACCAGGCCCUGAUCUUUAUCCCAUCAUAAGAAGGUUCAUGUCCAUUCUAGUGUUCUAAUUCCUAAUGCUAUGGUACAGAGCGUAAGUAGGGGAUUGAAGUAUGCCAAUGUAUCUUACUGUUUGAUUUACAGCCAUGUUCAAAGUUGAUGAUUUCUUCCUUGUAAAUACUGUAGGGGGGAACAUAAAUUGCAUUUUUGUGUGUUGGACGUGGACAUUUCUAUGAAAAAGCAGUGUCUGGAUCUGUUUUAAAAUAUUACAUUUGUGCCAAAAAAUGUACUAUAUUUACAGAUCAUUGACGUCAUAUAUAAUAUGCUUUCUGAUGUCAUAUGUCUAUGGAAAUAAUUUUGAUUACAACCAGUUGAAAAUGAAAUGAAAUUCCCAUGCAAAGCUAAACAAACCGUCAUUGCAUAUGACCACCAAACCAUACCAAAAUCUACACCCCCACCACAAUUAAUUAUGUUUCUAGUAUUUGCUAGAUAUGUCUGUAAACCAACGUUUGGCAGGGAUGUUACAGUAGUUGCAAGGGAAAGGAUGGGUGCAGAUACUGAUCUUAGAGAUGUGAUUUUCCCUAAUUAAUCAGGAAUACAAUUUCUGACAUCUGGACUGGUAGCCUUCUCCUUGAUUUUCUAUUAUGUCCUUGAAAUCAGAAUUCUAAACUUAGGCUAUAUACUGUAGGCUAUCUGAAGUAGCCUGUUGUAGAGUUACACAUUUGGAUGAAAUGGUAUAUCAUAUAUUAUCAUUGUCUAAAACUGAUAAAUACUUUGUCAAAGAAAAUGUGUCCUUAAUAGAAUUGAUGAGAAGAAAAUAGAAAACCUUUAUAAUCCACACAAUCUGGGGCUUCAUUGUGGCAUACACAUAACAUUCAAAACGUCAGGAGCAAUUCAUAAUCAAGAUCAUUCAACUUUCCUGGUAGAAUAGAAAGGUCAAUAAAUAACCAGAUAAAUUACCUAUAAUUUCCCUUCCCAGAUCCCCAACAACCUGUGGCCCAGCCCUGCUCCCAGUGGCUCGGUGGUGUCCUCCUGCAUGCUCCCCCGUGGAUCUCCUCCCUGUGUAACCUCCUACUCCCACUCCUCCCGCUCCGCAGCCGACCACGGGUAUGUGGGCUUCCCCAACCAGCAGAACCAGUUUGGACACGUCUCCCUCAAUAACUUUUUCACGGCUGACUCCCUCCUCACGCCCUCACCCAACGGACAUCCAUUCGAGGCCAAGCCUGAGUUUGAGAGACGCUCAUCCAGCAUCGCCGUCCUGCGGAUGAAGGCCAAGGAACACGCGGCUAACAUAUCCUGGGCCAUGUGA